AUGCAGAUUGCAGCUGAAAUGUCCUCGAAAUGGGACAAAGAAUACAACAAGGACAACGCUGUGGUGAAACAAAAUGCUAUACAAGUGACAAUGCGAAACGAGGGACUGUUGUGGACAACAAAGAAAAACAACAAAGAAAAGAAGUUGGAUGUGCUCUACAGCAUCGAAGCUAGAAUGAACAAAGAGAGUUCAAGAAAUGAGGCACAGCAAGAGUACAUAUACUACUGCGGUAAGGUUACCGGCAGUAUGCACAUCAAUGCUAUUCCCGGCGUGUCAAGGAUAAGCUGA